GGUGUUUGGUGUGAACUGUGAAGGAUUGAAAAAUGGAGCCGUUUGGGUCCGUCCGUUGCUUGCACGUUGGAACGGAUUGACAAAGAAGCAUCAGUUAUGGUGUGCUCGGUCAGAGAUUCACAACAAGUUGAGUUGAAAACAAAAACACCCCAAGUUUUGUUCUUUAUUUUCCAAACAGCCCCUGUUGCUGUAGAAGUGGUACACCUUUUCCUCUCAUCUCUCUCUCCUGUUUUUCUCACCCAUCUUCGUACUCUCUCUCUCUCUCUCUCUCUUCUUCGUCUUCUUCUUCUUCUCUGGCAAAAGUCUCUGCCUCUCUCUCUCUCUCUCUCUCUCUCUCUCUCUGUACAAGGCCAUGUUUGGUGACAAGGACCGCAGCAGUGCUCUGCUGGCCGCCGGAGACGAGGCUUCUCAGAGCAAGGUGACGCGCCACGUCUCCAAGCAAAGCAAGGACUACAACAUCAACCACCCGGCAAAGAAACCGGGUCUUAAUUUUCUGAGGGAUUCAGGCUCUGAUGGGUUUCAAUCAAAGCCUUGCUCUAAUUUUGGGUCUCAGGAGCUGACCCUGAGCUAUCUCUGCGAUAAUUCCAAACUGGGUUUUCUGGACAAAGAGUUUUCCGGCAAGAAUCUGUUGACCUCUUUGGAGAAAGGUAAGGAAAUCUUGGUUCCCGAGAAUUCAAGCCAAGAUCACAAGUGGGUUGAGAGGGAUUUCCUCAAUUUAAACGAGACCAGGCUCAAUUCCUCAAAACGUGAGCUUGGUGACGAUGUUGAGAGAGACAGUAGGGAGAAGAAGCCAAAGCUUGAGACUUUGAAUCUCUCUCUGGCCUUGCCUCAGGUCUCGCUCUCUCUCACUGCCUCAAACGCUUUGCAAAACGGUGAGCCUUCCAUGGUGAGGCCCAGGAGUACCAUGGCGCCUUCCACCAAUACCUUAACCACUUAUUCCAAUGAUUACACAGCUGCUUCUUUAUCCUACUCUUAUUCCCAUCCCUAUUCACACAAUCCAAGUUGCUCGCUGACUCGAAAUUCGACAGAGAAUAAUUUCGAGUAUUCUGUUGGCAAGGAUGAUCAUAUUUGGAACUGUGGGGAGGGCACUAAUGGUUCUGUUCAUAGCAGGUUCAAGCCGAUUGGGGAUGGAGUUGGUUUGGCAAAUCCUGGUGGGAUUCUGUCGAUGAUGCAGAGUAAUAAUCGAAAGGAUUCAGGUACUAAUAGUCUUUAUAGGACAACUAGCUCUGAUAAUAACCAGUCUUUUUUUCCAUCGGAGUUACCUGCUAAGCCUAGAAUUGAUACUCAUUCUGGAGAUUCGAGAGGGAGAGGUUCGGACAGUUUGAGAGGUUUGGAGGGUGGAGAUGGUGGUGGUGGGAGAGUUAGGAAGUUAUCUAGGCCGGAGAGAAUUCUUCGCGAAAUUGUUUCCGAGUCUAUACCUGUCAUGGCUCCGGUGGUUCAGGAGCUUCAUGAGGAAACACUUUUAUCGACUAAUGAGUACUUGAGGAAUCUGAUUUCAAUGCCUGAGAAGAAAGAGGAGUUGGUGAGCCUUCAGAAAAGGCUUGAGAGGAGGUCUGAUCUUACAAAGGAGAAUCUGUCCAAGUGUCAGAAGGAUCAAUUGGAGAUUCUGGUUGCUGUGAAAAUGGGGCUUGCGAGCUUUGUAUCUGGGAAAAACCGCCUUUCGGCAACUGAGUUGGUGGAGACUUUCUUGUUUAUGAGAUGUAGGAACGUGAAUUGCAAGACUUUGUUGCCUGUUGAUGAUUGUGACUGCAAGAUUUGCUCAGGAAAUAAGGGCUUUUGUAGUUCAUGUAUGUGUCCUGUUUGUUUGAAUUUUGACUGUGCUAGUAACACUUGUAGUUGGGUUGGAUGUGAUGUUUGUUCGCAUUGGUGCCAUGCUGCUUGUGGUAUUCAGAAGAAUCUCAUUAAGCCAGGUCCGAGCUUGAAGGGGCCUUCUGGAACAACGGAGAUGCAAUUCCAUUGCAUUGGGUGCAGUCAUGCUUCGGAAAUGUUUGGGUUUGUUAAGGAUGUGUUUCUGUGCUGUGCAAAGGACUGGGGACUAGAAACCCUUGUGAAGGAGCUUGACUGUGUUAAGCAGAUUUUUAGGGGAAGUGAAGAUUUUAAAGGCCGGGAACUGCAUAUCAAGGCUGAGGAGAUUAUCUCCAAGCUAGGAAGCCAAGUGAUGUCUCCUUCAGAUGCCUGCAAUUUUAUUAUCCAGUUUUUCAACUAUACAGAUGGAGUGUCAGAAUAUCCAGCGUCUAGUAUAACCACAUCCUCAACAAAGGAGUUGGCAACUCCUCAAACCAGCCUUAGGAAAGAAGCAACCCUUUUUUCACAACCUGCUUCUCUACCUCCAAAAUAUGCUGCUUACAACACAAGUUCCAGUGUACAAUCUGAUUUGUUGUCAAAUGAUCUCCAUCAGAUUGAUCUAAAAUCUUCCCUCAUAAGCACUGAGGAUGAGUUCCGUUUUGGAACAGUACCGAAAAUAGAAGGGUUUGACAGUUUGGAAAGCAUGGUGAGGAUAAAGCAAGCUGAAGCUAGAAUGUACCAGAGCAAGGCGGACGAAGCACGGAGAGAGGCAGAAGGUUACCAGCAGAUGAUUCGGGAAAAUACAGAGAAGGUGGAGGAAGAGUAUGCUGGAAAGUUUUCCAAAUUGUGUCUGCAAGAGACGGAGGAAAAGCGUAGGAAGAAACUGGAGGAGCUCAAAGUUUUGGAAGGUUCACAUGGUGAUUAUUACAACAUGAAGACUAGGAUGCAAGCCGAAAUUGCUGGCUUGUUGGCAAAAAUGGAAGCGACAAAGCAGCAACAACGGGUGUAGCUUCUCUUUUGUCUUCCUUUUAACAUCAAUUGCUCUAAUUAAUUGUGUAGUUCAUUGAUUUUAUUGCUAUUUUGGAUUCUGCUUGUUAUCUCAAAUGAAAGUGAAUGGUUGUUAGCUCUUUUUGUAGUCUUUUGCAGAAGAUCGAUUGUUCUUAUAUUAAAAUGUACCUUUUUCGGUAUCGACUAUCGAGAUUUAUAAGGUGAUGUACUAUAA